CGAGUGAGCGUCAGGUGUCUCCACACUCCACAAGCCUUCCCUGGAGCACAAAGAGGACCUUUUGGAAUUAAUCCGGAACCAUGGCCUUGUUCGGGGAGACUGUAGCACAGCGCAUGCAGUGUGAUGCAAAUGCUGCAGUGUGUUCAGGAAGCAACUGUCUGGUUCCUCCCAGUAACUUUAACAAUAUUCUGAGCUUGGUCCUUAGCACAGUGCUUACUGUCAUGUUGGCCUUUGUCAUGUUUGCCAUGGGCUGCACUGUGGAGUGGGACAAACUCCUGGGUCACCUGCGCCGGCCCUGGGGCAUUGUCAUUGGUUUUCUGUGUCAGUUCGGGAUCAUGCCGUUCACAGGCUUUGCCCUGUCACUGGCCUUCGACGUGCUGCCUGUGCAGGCUGUGGUCAUCAUCAUCAUGGGCUGCUGUCCUGGAGGAUCAGGGUCCAACAUUAUUUGCUACUACCUAGAAGGAGACAUGGACCUCAGUAUCAGUAUGACAGCCUGUUCCUCCAUCUUGGCACUGGGCAUGAUGCCUCUCUGUCUUCUGAUCUACACUUCACUCUGGGUGUCACCGGACACAAUCCAGAUUCCAUACGACAGUAUUGGGAUCACUCUUGUGGCUCUCCUUGUCCCCAUUGGCUUUGGUAUGUAUACCAAACGCAGAUGGCCACAGCAAGCCAAAAAAAUUCUCAAGAUUGGCUCCAUAACUGGAUUUGGUCUGAUUGUUGUCAUUGCUGUGGUGGGAGGGAUCCUCUAUCAGUCCUCAUGGGACAUUGACCCAGCACUCUGGAUCAUUGGGACCAUCUACCCUUUCAUUGGCUCUGGGUUGGGCUUCUUCCUCGCUCGCUUCACUGGACAGCCUUGGUACAGGUGUCGUACCAUUGCAUUGGAGACAGGUUUCCAGAAUGCCCAACUGUGCAGCACCAUAGUCCAGCUGUCCUUCUCUGCUGCUGAGCUGGAAAUCAUGUUCUCCUUCCCUCUCAUUUACAGCAUCUUCCAGAUUGUAGCAGCCGUCUUAAUUGUAGGAUGUUACCAGUUAUACAAAAGGAAAUGCAAAGGCGAUGCGUCUGAGGACAGUGAGACUCCUUAUUUGGAAGAAGGAGAGACGGGCACUGGAAAAAUAAAGGCUUUGGAGAACGGUGGAUUUGAGCUCCAUGAAAACAGUUCAGAGAUGAGUAAGGACAAUGAUAAGAACACACGAUUUUGAGAGAUUACGUCCAACAUUGAACUCACAGUAGUGAGCCACACACUGCCCUCUGCUGCUGAUCACAGUGGUGUACAGCUCAUCUGUUGGAAAUUCAGGAACGACAUGUAUUAUUAAUAUAUUAUUGUAAAUUCCCCAUUAUCCAUCAUUAUUCUGUUUCUAAAUAUCUGCAUCAAUAGUGUGAACUUGGAUGCUUGAUAUAAUAAUUCAGACUAACUCCUUUUUAUUAACUAAGAAAAGAGAUUAGAAGAUGUGGUCAUAUUUAUCUUUAUUGUAUGGUUUUGUUCUGCAUGUGGCUAUGUAUUUAUUUUCAUCUGGAAUCUUAGCAGUUUUGUAUCAGUUUUCAGACCUUCAGAAUGCAAUGAUGAGUGACAGAUAUGUGUGAGAGA